AUAUAUAAUAAAGAUAAUACAUGGUACACUAUGACUUAACUUCUUCAAGCUUGGUCCAAAUUAAUUUACCAAUGAUUAGGUCAUUAGUUAGCUUUGUCUACAUAACUACUGAAUCAAACUCAGCAAUUGGCUUGGGAUAACUCAUGUUUGUCACUUCACAAUCUAUGGCUUGCACAAUUCUUUAUAAUUAAUAAUGAUAAUUGAGAACUAUUCACAUUCUUCGAUUAAGUAUAAAAAAGUGAGUGUAUCCAGUUAAAGUAUAUCAGUUUUCAAUUGACCAUGGCAGGAGCAAUGCUACAUGUUGAGUUCCUAGAGACCAGUAGAGGAGGCAGGCAUUUGAUAUGGAAUGGCUACACACAUCGCCAGAACAACAAAAGAGAUACUUGGAUCUCUUGGAAGUGCAUAGACAGAUAUUGCAGGGCUACAAUAUGCACAAGAAAUGAUGUACCUUCAAAGAUUGGCCAACCACACAAUCACCUACCAAACCAUGCAUCAGUCAAUAGUAGAAAGAUAUUAGAAUCUGUUAGAUCUAGAUGCAGAUCAGAAACUACACCUAUACCAUCAAUUUACGAUGAAGAAAUAACAAAACUCAGAGAUGCACCAUGGGAUGCCCAGACCCUGGAGACUGCACAAAAACUGCCUACCUUCGAAAGUAAGAUAUCAGCACUCUAUCGUACCAGACAAAAACUGUACCCAGGCAUACCAAAUACUAGACCGAGAAUACAACUUGAAGGAAAAUUUCGCCAGACCACAAGUAGAGAACCAUUUUUACAUGCUGAUGAUGGCGACAUCAACAAGCUACUCAUAUUUACAACUGCUGAAAAUCUACGACAACUGUGCACUGCAGACACUGUAUACUGUGAUGGAACUUUCUACACAGCACCACCAAUGUUUGACAGCAUUUUCACCAUUCAUGCAUUUGUUGGGACAGCCAUGUUUCCAUUGGUGUAUUCUUUGCUUCCACAGCGAGAUGCUGACACUUAUAUAAGAUUCUUCAAUCUCCUGAAAAACAUCGCCAACCAACAUAACCUCAACUUUCAUCCAGACAGAGUUAGCCUUGACUUUGAAUGUGCAUCAAGAAAUGCAGUAUCUCAUGUCUUUCCAAACGCACAACUCAGAGGUUGUUUGUUCCACUACGCAAAAGCAAUAUGGAAAAAGACACAGGAAUAUGGACUGCAAACUCAAUAUAAAGAUGUCCCAGAUGUCAACAAACUCGUCCGUUCUGCAGCAGCUUUACCAUUACUGCCCUUAGAUCGUUUGGAAGACUACUGGUUACAAGCCUUGGAAAACGCACCACAGUCAGAUGCUUGCACCAAAUUAACAAACUAUGUAAUUCUGACAUGGAUAGAGGACAGAUACCCACAACCAACCUGGAACCACCACCAAACAGAAAGACCCAGGACAAAUAAUCAUUUAGAGGGCUGGAAUAACAAGCUGAAAAAGAGCGUCAAAACCGCACAUUCAAACAUAUUUGAAAUAAUCAAUGGGUUCAAGAAAGAGCAAGCAUCUAACGAGGUAAAGAAAGUACAGUAUGCAGCAGGUGGCAAGAUGAGGGGGAAAGCAAAGAAGUAUAGAGAAAUAGAAGAAAGAUUCGCCACUUUGAGGGAAACCCUACACAAUGGUACAACUGACUAUAUUCAGUAUGGUGAUGCAGCAUCUUACUUUCUCAAACUUGGAAACUAAAUGAACUUUUAACUUUCAAAUGUAUACAUCAGUGCCUUUUUUUUCACAAUAUGAACUAUAUGGAAAUAAUUCUUAUGUUUUAUGUAUAAGUGCUUAUUGUUAUGCUAUUAUUUAUAAAAUUGUGCUUUGAAAUCAGUGCUGAUUCAGAAAUAAAAUAUUUGUUAUGAUAGUUUGAUAUUUCUCUUUAUUUAUUCAUUAAAAUAUGAAACAUCCAUAUCCAAUUUGUCAUCUCUAAUAAGACUUUAUUUACAAAAUAUAACACAUGAGUAAAAAAAAAAUACAAUUUCAGAAAAAGAAGAGCAACUAUAAAAAAAAAUAUUUAAAAAGUGGGACACAAAAAAUCAAAAAAAAAAAAUCUUCUUUUAAAUAGUAUUUCAUGGUAGAAUUUGACAUCAAAAUAACAAAUAUCAACUAAUUGCACUACAAACAAAACAUAACUUAAUUACAUUGUUUACAGAAGCUCCCAUUUCGCCUUAGUUAAUUCUUGUGUAUCUGAAAAUUUGUACUAAGGCAAACUGGGAUUAAUUUUAUAGAAUUAUUUUGACAGCUAAGGCGAAAUGAGAAUAAGCCUUCUAGAGUUAUGCCCCUUUACAAUUGGAAAAAUUGUUGAAUUUUUAGUUUCCGUUCUCUAACUUAAGUUUGAUGAAACCAAAUGUUAUGAAACUUAUACACAAUGCUUAUUACCACAAAACACAUAUCAAGUUUGAAUUUUAGUGGCGUCACUUUUACCAUUCUAGAGUUAUGCCCCCUUACAAAUGGAACAAUUGCUGAAUUUUUCGUUUCCGUUCUCUAACUUUAGUUUCCCUCAACUAAACGUUAUGAAUCUUAUACACAAUGUUUAUUACCACAAUACACAGAUCAAGUUUGAAUUUUGAUAGCGUCGCUUUUACCAUUCUUGAGUUACGUCCCUUUAUAAUGUUGUAU